AUGACUAACGAAAUUCUUCAACUAGCUCCAGCGUGGCAACCACAGAGAGUUAUGAUGGACUUUGAAAAAGCCACGAUCAAUGUAUUUAAACGCACAUUUCGAACGAUUGAACUCAGUGGUUGUUAUUUUCACUUCAGCCAAAGUGUUCUUCGCUUCUUGCAAGCGAAUGGUUUCAAGGAAACUUAUGAGAAUGAUGUAGUUUUUGCAGAUAACAUUCACAAGAUUCUGGCAUUAGCAUUUAUUGAACCACCUAUGGUUGCUAAUGCUUUUGAACUAUUAUGUACUAAUCUGGAUGACAAUUAUCAACAAAUACUCGAUUACAUAGAAGACAAUUAUAUUGGAAGAAUGCGAGGACGCACCCGAAGACAAGCACCUUAUCCAAUUGAUUUUUGGAACAUGGUGGAACGUGUUAAAAACAAUAUGCACCGCACCAACAACAACAUAGAAGGCUGGCAUAGAAAAUUAAAUAGUGCAUUCCAAUGCAGUCACCCAACAUUAUGGUCGUUUUUAGAUAAAUUAAUGAAAGAAGAAAAUAAUAUUCAUUCGGACAUUCUUAAUGCAAUGACAGGAAGACAACCACCAGUAGGAAAAUAUGAAUCGUUCAAUAAACGACUUCGUCAAUUAGUAGACAAUCCACAUCCUAAUAUUUAUGAUCAAUUAACGUGCAUUGGACGUUUAUUGUCUCUAUAA